AUGCCGCCUUCCAACGGCACAGGUGCCACAGCACCAGAUGAUGACGCAGAAGACGACUACAUGAACAUGACAUUUGAGGACCCCACGCCAAAGACAGAAUCAUCUCUACAACGGACCCAACGCCUAAAAAAGGAGUCCCUCGCAAGAGGGAAAAUAAAAUCCAAAGCAGAACGCGCCGAAGAAGAAGCUGCAGCAAGGGAAAAGGCUCUAUCAACAUCCAUGCUCGAAGCGCCAGGCGCAAAGAAGAGCAAAGGCCUAGCCAUGAUGGCAAAGAUGGGCUUCACAGGAGGAGGACUAGGUAAAAAGACAGACGACGGCGAGGGCUCCACCAGAACUGAGCCGAUAAAGGUCAACAUCAAAGAGGACCGAGGGGGAAUCGGCAUGGAGAGUGAGAAGAAAAGAAAACUUCAAGAGGCGAUGGAAGAACGGGGCGUUAAAACCGUCAAAAUUGACCCGGAUGAGUAUAGGGAGAGGGUGAGAAAGGAGCGCGAGGACGAGAGGCUCGAGAAGCAGUUUUAUGCUGCGCAGCGGGUGGCGGAGCGGAUGGAUGAGGAGCGGGAAGAUGAGGAGGAUGCUGUGGAGAAACAAAAAGACAUUUCCUCGCGACCACUUAAGUCGAUACCGGUGUUGUAUCGGGGUCUUGUUCGUCAUAGGGAAGAAAAGGAGCGGGAUAGGCGGAUGCGGUAUGACCUUGAGCAGUCACUCUCUCGGUUGCCGACGUAUGAUGAUGAGGACGAAGAUGAGGAUGAUAAGAAGGCGUUGGGGAAGAAGAAGACUACUUAUGUUACUUCCGAGGAUUUGGAUGAGGAAGAUGAGGAGUUGGAUAAAUUUAAUGCGCUGGAGCCAGCAGAACGGCUGGGGAUGUUGGUGCAGCACUUGCGGGAAGAAUAUUGGUAUUGCUUCUGGUGUAAGAUGAAGUAUGAGAGUAAAGAGAUGGAUGGCUGUCCUGGUAUUUCUGAAGAAGAUCAUGAUUAA